UGAUGAUAUCUGAGAGUUGUCGGAUCAUUCUACCACCCCGUCCAGUCAGUGUCACUGCAGCGUUGUUCCAUAUUUAGCUCCCGACAACUGCGUCUAGGACUGGAACUCCCAACUCCCUUUUUUCUCUCUCUUUCCCGUCUCUGCUCCCUGCACCGGUCUCAAAAAAUUGCUCCCUCUCUUUCCUCGUGGUCUGAACCCGGUGCACCAGCACCCAAGAGGAUGGCUGAAAACCAGGAGCCCAGCGACACCCAGACUGGUGAGGAGCAGCCUGAAAAUGCAGAGGAGUCUGGGGAGAAGAAGAAGGAACUGGAGAAACUGCCGCCCUUUGAAAUCGUGGGAGGGGAGCGCUUCCCAGCCUUCUUUUUCAAAUUCCAGUUCAGAAAUGUGGAAUACAGCUCAGGCAGGAACAAGACCUUCCUAUGUUAUGUUGUGGAGACCCAAGGCAAAGAGUCGGGGAGCUUUCGGGGUUACCUGGAGGAUGAGCAUGCAGCAGUCCAUGCUGAAGAUGCUUUCUUCAAUAACAUCUUGCCCACAUGCGAUCCCAACCUACGCUACAACGUCACCUGGUAUGUCUCCUCCAGCCCCUGUGUGCCCUGUGCUGACCGGAUAGCACAGAUACUGCAGAAGAACAAGAACCUGCGCCUCUCCAUCCUGGUAAGCCGCCUCUUCAUGUGGGAGGAGCCGGAGAUGCAGGCCGCCCUGAAGAAACUGAAGGCAUCUGGAUGCAAACUGAAGAUUAUGAAGCCUCAAGACUUUGAGUAUAUCUGGCAGAACUUUGCAGAGCAGGAAGAAGGAGAGGCAAAGGCCUUCGAGCCCUGGGAGGACAUUCAAGAGAACUUCCUGUAUUACGAAGAGAAGUUAUCAGAGGUUUUGCACUGAGGCGCAUGCCAGGCCAGCUUGUAAGAGAUCUGUCAACCAGCGGAGAGACAGGCAUGACAGACUUGGACAUCUGUGUUACGGCUUCAGCUUUUCAGAGCUGCUUUGAGUCAGGCAGGAUGCAACAAAAACCUUUAGCAGACAUGGCCCUGAUGGACUCAGACUACAUUUACCAUGUAGCAUUUAGACAUUUUGUUUAAUUUUUAAAAUAAACUUGUACUGUCUUUGUUAACAGGACAGGAGAAGGCUGUGUGCUGUGCUUAACGACAUGAAUGCAAUGGACUUCAGUGGAUCGAGAGGAGAGAGAGCAGGCCCCACAUAUUGGGGCAGCUUUAGAGUAAAAAAAACACCUCACCUUAGAUCAAGGCUGCAAAUUCGAUAAAUGAAUUGAUUAAGUGUAUGUCUUAUAAAUGCUGAGGACCUUUUUCAAAAGACAAAAAACACAGAUAUAUAGAAAAUAAAAUUAUUCAUUUUCCACCA